AUGAUUGACAUCAGCUGUUUUAAUGUGGGAUUUCCAGCCUGUUCCUCGGUGAGGAGUUCUGUUUUAACUCUGCCUUAUUUCCAGGCUUCCCCCGGCAUCAUCGCCAACCCGUUUGCAUCUGGCAUCGUACGCAAGAACAGCAUGGAGAGCAUCUCCUCUAUAGACCGAGACCUGAGCCCAGAGGAGAUGGACAUCAUGCAGAAGGAGUCUGAGAUGGCAAGAGAGACAUCACAGUGGGAGCGAGAAGAGAUGGAGAAAGUGGAGCGAAUGCGCUUGGAGCGUGAGGAGGCAACUCGCCUGCUAGAAGAGGAGACAGAGAAUCUUGGCACUGGACCUUUAAAACUUGACUACAAAACCCUGGCUGCGCUGCCCACCACCAGUCUGCAGAAGGUCAACAGGGUGAGUCUCCCUGGAUCCCAGCUGUCCCUCACGGUCUGCCGGUGCCAAAAGGGCACUCGCUCACAUUCCAUCCCACUGACCGACUCUUCCAGUCAGCAUGUGGAGAGCCGCACAAUGCUCGCUUUCUCUGAUCCCGUCAGUCUGACUGAUCCCAUGGAGGCCCCCCUGCAGGCUGAGUACGGACCCCCUUUAGAGCCGCUAGGUUUCGGUUUGCCUCAACCCACCAAGCCCCUCACCCCCCCUCUGAGCACAGAACAGGACUAUCUUCAUGGAUCUCAAUUUUCCACCAAUGGAACCUCCACCUCCACCUCCACGGACAGUGCUCUAAAUUUAGGGUCACCAUUCACUCCUGAAGAGGAGGAGGAAAGCCUGGUGGACUCGCAGCCUAUCUGCUUCAAAGAGAACCCCUUCCUGGUGGCUAAUCGCAGAGGAAAGGGUCUUCCUCCCGGAGAGCGGAUCCUUUCGGGGCCUCCGGUGGGAUAUGGCCGACAGGGCCAGCUGCAGCCCUGGUUGUUCAGCAAGGCAAGGCGUCUGCCUGCGUGUGGUUUGGAGGCAGCAUGCUGUGUUUACUGUGCACUUUGUCCGGCUCACUGUAACAUUUACACCCCCUCUCUUGCACCUUCCUCUGACUACACCAGGACAGACAGUCCAAUCAGGGAGGCCCCUUACUCUCCCACAAUCCAACCGCCCAGCCACCACUCGUCUGACAGCUCCCUCUCUGCAGGCAGGGAGACCCGCUUUGUAAGUGGGGCUCCUGGCCCCUCUGCUCUGGCCUGGACUCUUGUGAUUCAGCAGAUGCACCCGCUGCUCUGA